CAAUGCUGACCCCUGCUGCUCCAUCCGCUGUAACACCAGGAAGACGUUCCAGGGAUUUUAACUUGACAUCGUUGUUAGAGAGUAUUACUAAGAAGAGAAGCAGUGGUGCUACUACUGGCAAUGGGCAUCACCAAACUGGCGGAUUUGAUCCGCCUAGAUGCUCCCGGUGCUAUUUCUCAUAAGGAUAUCGGUGACUACACGGGAAAAGUAAUCGCACUGGAUACCUCCAUUGUUAUGAACCAGUUCCGUGCAGCGACUCCUUCCUUGAGCCCCCUGACAGGUCUCUUCUUCCGCACGCUCACCUUCCUGGAACAUGACAUAAAGCCAGUCUUUGUGUUUGACGGGAAGCCUCCCGGGGAAAAGACAGCUGCCCUUGAGAAGAGAGCUGAGACAGCUGGUAUGAGCUCCCCCAAUCUCACAGGCACAGCAUCAUCCCAGACCAAAGAUUGUCUCCAGCUCCUGAAGCUUCUGGGUGUGCCUGUCAUCCAGGCUCCAGGGGAUGCUGAAGCGAUGUGCGCCUGGCUGGUGAGAGAGGGGACUGUGGACGCUGUGGCAUCAGAGGACAUGGACACACUACCGUUUGGAGCCAAUAUUCUCAUUCGCCAGCUGAACGCCAAGAAGGACAGUGAUAUCAUUGAAUAUUCUUUACCCAAGCUGUUAGAGAAACUCCAAAUUAGUUACGAGGAGUUUGUUGACCUUUGUAUUUUGUUGGGCUGUGACUACUGUGACAAGAUAGCCGGUUUGGGUCCUAGGAGAGCUCUGACACUGAUCCAGAAGCACCGUACCAUUGAGAAUGUGGUUUUGCAUAUCAACAGACAGACCCAUCCUGUGCCACAUUUCUGGAAGUUUAAAGAAGCACGGAAGAUAUUCUUGGGUGCACCCCAAACAGUGGCUCCUGAACUCACCUGGACUGAGCCAGAUGAAGAAGCCUUGGUUCAGCUCCUCUGUCACGUCAAACACGUGAGACAGGACAGGGUUCGUCAACGAAUGGAGAAGUUCCGUCAGACGCGGGAAACUAAGCGGGAGGAGAGGGUAAAGGAGAGGGCAGCAGGACAUAGCAAGCAGACUCGCAUGGAGGACUUCUUUAGAGUUACCAGAAAGAGGGAGCAGACUGUGGAAGCUGCAGACUCUUUAAGCAGCAAAAGAAAGAGACCAAAGUCAAAAUAAAGCCGCCACCAUCUCCUGCUUGCUGCCUCCACCAUCAAAGUUGCAAGUUGUUUUCAACGCCUUUCCAAAUAUCUCAAACAGUCAUGAAAAAAAAAAAAGAAUCAGACAAAUCUGUGAUUCUGAUCUUGAAUUUCU